UCAUGAGUUUGAGUUAAUAAUUAAAGGAAGAAGAAGAAGAAGAAGCAGUUAUCUAACCUAUUCAACCUGUUUCUAUUGUUCCUAUUCGUAGGAAAAAUAAAAAAAGAUAAAUUGUGAAUCCUUCUUAAAACACUGGACAUUGGAGCCAAUAAGAACACUAAACAUACUUAGACUUUCUACAAUUACACAAAGAAAUUAUGGAAUCACAAGAUUAAAAGAAAAGCAAUAAAAUCUUCAAAUAAAUGAGUGAAAUCAUUGGAAGUCGCAGUCCUUCAUAAUGUAGGUAUCAUAAAUUCAAUUUAUCAAAUUAGAUCACAUCAUUAAAAAUUCAAUCCAUUCAUUCAUUAAGUCAAGAAAAGAUAAAAAGGUGCAGGAAGAAAAAAGAAAGAUAGCCAAACUACAUAACCAAUCUAACAUUUCUAUCCAUUUUAUUAAUAACCCAUCAUUUCUCAACAUCAAUUAGACUUUCCAUUAUUCCAAACAACCUACCCUGAAGAAAUUGUCUAUCCACAACCUAUUGCAUCAGACAGAAGUCUUCUAUACAACUUUGGUUUCCUUCCAUAAUUUCCUAUUAACCUGAACUAUUAUACUGAUUUGUUUGUUAAUUAGACCCUGUACUAAAAUGAAAAAGAGAAUUAAUUUGAAGAUUAGUGA